CGCAACCUGGCAACUCUGAUGGAACGUACCUACUCGACGCGAACAGACUCGCACAACACAUGCGCGCCAGAGAACAGCAUACACAGACAUCAUGGCGGACGUUUUAGAUCUUCACGAAGCAGGAGGCGAAGACUUUCCUAUGGAUGAGGAUGAGAGCAUCCACAAGUUAAAAGAGAAGGCGAAGAGGAGGAAGGGAAGGGGUUUCGGCUCAGCGGAUGAAGGCGCUCGUUCCCGAAUCAAGGAGGAUUAUGAUACAGUGGAACAGGACGGUGAUGAGCCUGGCCCACAACGCUCUGUGGAGGGCUGGAUCCUGUUUGUGACUGGAGUUCAUGAGGAAGCCACAGAGGAGGACAUCCACGACAAGUUUGCAGAAUUUGGAGAAAUCAAAAACUUGCACCUGAACCUUGACCGAAGAACAGGGUAUCUGAAGGGUUACGCGUUGGUAGAGUACGAGACCUACAAGGAAGCACAGGCGGCCAUGGAGGGUCUGAACAGCCAGGACCUCAUGGGCCAGCCAAUCAGCGUGGACUGGGGCUUCGUCAGAGGGCCACCCAAGAACAAGAGGAGGGGUGGCGGACGCAGGCGUAGCCGGAGCCCAGAAAGAAGGCGGCGCUGAUCUAUUUUUCCUGCUUGUAAUUGGCCAUAGAGACUGUCCAUUACGCUUAGUGGCAGUUAACUGGUCAUCCACCAACACGAUCAUAAUUUUAAGCGACUAUGCGCUUUUAUGUUCAAGUAUGUCUCUUUAUGUAACAUUGUGACAUGAAAGCUUCCUGCAGAAUGGGUUACCAUAUAGCUUUCUAACUAAACUGCUUAAUUUGGAAGUCACCUGUUUUUUUAAACAGUAAAAAUUUGGUUAUGUAAUAUGCAUUUUAUGUCAGUGGAAUUUUUUGUUUUUUGUUACUAGCGGUCAAAUUAAACUUUUAAAAAUAGAAA